UUCCCAUCUUCUCUCUUAACCCUUUCUUAGGGUUUUUGACAGAAACAGUUCUCUUCUCUCUCUCUCUCUUCAGCCAUGGCUACAACCACUGUAUCACGUUCUCUUCCCAAAACCCUAACCCUAGCCUCUUUCAUUUCCCGCUCCAUAUCAACUUCAUCCUCCAUUUCCACAGUCCACUCUCGCUCCUCCCUCUCUCUCCUCCACCGACUCCGCCCUCUCGCCGGAGCAUUCCUAACCCACCACAACGUUUCUCUCCCCUCCUCCAAUCUCCGAUGUUUCUCAUCCAAUACGACGUCGUCUUCUCUCAAGGAUCCUAACCCUAACUGGUCUAAUCGACCCCCGAAGGAGACGAUUCUUCUCGAUGGGUGUGAUUUUGAGCACUGGCUUGUUGUUAUGGAACCCCCUGAAGGUGAUCCUACCAGAGAUGAUAUCAUUGAUAGUUAUAUUAAAACCCUAGCUAUGGUCGUUGGCAGUGAGGAAGAAGCAAGAAUGAAGAUAUACUCAGUUUCUACUAGAUGCUAUUUUGCUUUUGGGGCUCUUGUGUCUGAAGAACUUUCUUACAAACUCAAGGAAUUGCCUAAAGUGCGUUGGGUCCUACCUGAUUCGUACUUGGAUGUGAAGAACAAGGAUUAUGGAGGGGAACCUUUUAUUAACGGCCAAGCGGUUCCAUAUGACCCCAAGUACCAUGAGGAAUGGAUAAGGAACAAUGCUAGAGCAAAUGAGAGAAAUAGGCGUAAUGACAGACCUCGUAAUUUUGAUAGAUCAAGGAACUUUGAGAGGAGACGGGAAAAUGUGCAAAGCCGAGAUUUUCAGAGGGGACCACCUCCUCCCAAUGCUGGGCCAAACAUGGGUCCACCACCGCCCAACAUGGGUCCACCUUCCCCCAACAUGGGGCCUCCACCACCCAACAGAGGUCCACCACCUCCUCACAUGGGCCCACCACCACCUCACAUGGGCUCGCCACCACCACCCAACAUGGGUCCGCCACCUCCCAACAUGGGCGGUUAUCCUCCCAACAACAUGGGCCAAGGUUAUCCCCCUAAUCCCCCCAACAACAUGGGAGGAUACCCCCCGAACAACAUGGGUCCACCCAAUAACUACGGUGGUGGAAUGCCACCACCACCACCACCACCAAACAACAACUGGGGUGGCAUGCCACCGAAUAACUACGGAGGAUCUCCACCCAACCAUAACAACAGCGGUCCACCACCGAACAUGGGAGGAAUGCAGCAUCAGGGUAAUAACAGUGGAUGGUCUGGUAAUGUACCUAAUGCAGACAAUCAGAACAGCUACACACCUGGCCGAGACAUGGGAAAUGUGCCUGGUAGGAACUAUUCAUCUUAAUUAAAAAAACCAAAUAUGCCUGGGCAAUUUUAGCUGUAGAUAAGCAAAAAUGGCAUCCUAUGUUGUUUUUAGGCUCUGUUACAAUAUUAAGAUAGAAAAGAGAGAGUUUGUUUUGGUCUCUAUUUUGCUGAACACAUUAUGUUGAGAUACUUCUGGUUGUAUUGUACCCAACAACAUGAGUUUUUUUCCUUUUUAGACUCAAAACUCUGUUUAAAUAUCUUGUUCCAUAUCUUAUUUAUAUAUCUACUUUUGUUAUUCAA